UCUUGGUCCUUGGGGAUGGAGUUACGAUUUUGCUUGCUCAUCAUCAACUGUCAGUCAUCAUUCGGAUGUUCUGUGCCGUAGUGUAUAAGUAACCUCUUCGCUUGCCCGUCAUCAACUCGCCAUUAUCCAACAAGUUCUGUUAAACCCGAGUCCUAGAUCAUCUUCUAGCAUAAUCUUUUCUCCGUCGUCUACCGAGUAAUCAAUUAAUUACUUAUAUUUAGGCGUUGCUGCCCCUCCAUCCAAUUCCUCCGUUUAUCGCCCCCUCUCUAUCAUACAAAUAGAACCCCUCGGACGUCAUCCGACGACCUCUAUCUUCCCCCAACACAACAUAAUAACACAACCACCACAAACAAUAAAUCCUAAUUCAACCUACACCGCCAAAAUGUCCGACCCUUACAACAACCAGUACAAUCAGUACAACAACCAGCAGUACCCCCCGAACCAGUACGGCUCUCCCGCACCCAGCCAACAGAGCGGCUACGGGGCUCCGGGUUACCCGCCUCAGCAACAGGGCUACGGCCAGCAAGGAGGAUACGACCAGCACAACCAGCAGGGCUACGGAUCGCAACAGGGCUACAAUCAGUCCUACGGACCUCCCGCCGAGGGUGGAUUCCAGCACGGCCAGCAGGGAGGUUACGACCAGCAGUACAACCAGCAGCAGCAAGGUCAAUACGGCCAGCAACAAUACCCGGGCCAAGCCCCCUCCCAGCAAUACCCCCAGCAGGGAGCCUACAACCAGUACCCUCCGGACCAGCAGCACAACGCCUACGGAGGUCAACCCCAGCAGGGCGGCCAGCAGCAGUUCGGCGCUACCGACCCCAACGCUCAAGCUGAGGGCGACCGAGGCCUGAUGGGUGCGCUCGGCGGAGGCGCCGCAGGUUACUUCGGCGGCAACAAGAUGGGCGGCCACGGUGUGCUCGGCGCGCUCGCGGGUGCCUUCAUGGGACACAAGGCCGAGGACCACUUCAAGGACAAGAAGAAGCACAACAACAACGGCGGAUGGUAAUAGACGAUCCAUUCUCCGCUAGUGUUGUAGUGGUCAAUGGCUCCUUGAUGUUUUCCUAGUAAUGAUGGCGUUAUUCUUCUGCAAUUCUCCGAGACAUGGGUUGCUCGUCGUGUCGGGCAGAUCAGUUCAGAUCGAUCACACUGGCAUAUUUUUUUUUCCUUUCCGGGCAUCAUUGGGCGGUUACCUACUUAUCUAUCUUAUUCCAUUCCAUUCUCAUGGUCGCGCGGGAAAAAGCGUUACCAAAACGGCAUCUAUGUAGCAUGCGAACGAAUGAAUGAACAAUCCAUGUUUCCCUCCUUCAUGACACUACGAUUGCAAUAUGAAUACGUGAAUGUAUGGAAAUCGACUCAUCGUUAUCUGACUCGACAUGAUUAAACGCAAACACUCAGAAAAA